GGCAACAUGCUGUACAACCACCUGCUCGGUGUGAGGACCACAGUAGUCUGGGCACUUCUUCUGAGUCAGUCAGUUAAUUGUCACGAGAAGACCCACUCACACGCUGAGGAUGAUCUCUUCAAGACGCUGUUUGCUGGUUACAACAAGUGGUCAAGACCCGUGCCAAACAUCUCCGAUGUGGUCAUUGUCAAGUUUGGGCUGUCCAUUGCACAGCUCAUUGACGUGGAUGAGAAGAACCAAAUGAUGACUACCAAUGUGUGGCUUAAACAGGAGUGGAAUGAUUAUAAACUUCGGUGGCGACCAUCUGACUUUGACAAUGUAACAUCCAUCAGAGUUCCAUCAGAGCUCAUAUGGGUACCGGAUAUCGUCCUCUAUAACAAUGCUGAUGGUGAAUUUGCUGUGACCCACAUGACAAAAGCCCACCUGUUCCACACGGGAAAAAUUCGCUGGGUCCCACCUGCCAUUUACAAGAGCUCCUGCAGCAUCGACGUCACCUUUUUCCCCUUUGAUCAGCAGAACUGUAAAAUGAAAUUUGGCUCCUGGACUUAUGACAAAGCCAAGAUUGACCUGGAACGAAUUGAAAACACCGUGGACCUCAACAACUACUGGGAAAGCGGUGAAUGGGCCAUCAUCAAUGCUGUAGGAACGUACAACACCAAGAAAUAUGAUUGCUGCCACGAGAUUUACCCAGACAUCACCUACUUCUUCAUCAUCCGAAGACUUCCUUUGUUUUACACAAUCAACCUUAUCAUCCCUUGUUUGUUAAUCUCCUGCCUCACUGUUUUGGUUUUCUAUCUGCCAUCAGACUGUGGUGAGAAGAUUACACUUUGUAUCUCUGUGCUCUUAUCCCUCACUGUCUUCCUCCUGCUUAUCACUGAGAUCAUCCCGUCCACUUCCCUCGUUAUCCCUUUGAUCGGAGAGUACCUUCUCUUCACCAUGAUUUUUGUCACCCUGUCAAUCGUCAUCACCGUGUUUGUGUUAAACGUGCACCACCGAUCCCCCAGUACUCACAAGAUGCCCCAUUGGGUGCACUCCGUGUUCCUGGACUUGAUCCCACGGUGGUUGUUCAUGCGCCGCCCUGCGCCUGACGGCCGGCGCCGCAGGCUGUUGCUGCUCCAGCAGGAAGCAGCUGCAGAGUGGCGGCAGCUCCGGACAGCUGGGCACAAGUCCGGCAACUGCAUCAGCACCUCCUCUAACUGGUUAAGAGACGCGACAACUCUGGGAGACCCUGAGAGGAGCUGUUAUGAGGAUUUGGAGCUUGGAACUCUGACUUCAUACUUCUCUUUCCGCCCACCCUCACCCAGACCUCCAGGGUCGACUCCCCCCCCUCAGCAAAAAACCUCACAGACCCGCCAGAACCGUCAGGAAGUAGCUGCAGGAGGCACCAGACAGAAAAGUGGAACCAGAGUUAAUUCUACUAAGAGACCAACUAAAGCUGACAGUUCAGUUUCAGACUCAUCACUGAUGCUUUCACCAAGUGUUGUGCGUGCUUUAGAAGGAGUGCAUUACAUUGCAGACCACCUGAGGGCUGAGGAUGCUGACUUUAGCGUUAAAGAAGACUGGAAAUAUGUAGCCAUGGUGAUUGACCGCAUAUUCCUGUGGAUGUUCAUCAUUGUCUGCCUCCUUGGGACAAUAGGCCUCUUUCUGCCCCCAUGGCUAGCUGGCAUGAUUUAA